AUGCCCGAAGACUGCGCAAACCCGCUGCUUGCGGAAUGGCUGAAAGAAUGGAUGGACGACGCAAAAGAACGAAGUAGCAAGGCAUAUACAAUCUACAAGAAAGCGUACCAGUCCAUGAAAGCAUGUCCCCUGCGGUUUGAUCAUCCUUCAGAAGCCCAACAGCUCAAUGGCCUCGGACCCAAGCUGUGCGACCGCCUCACCGACAAGUUGAAGGACUUCUGCGAUCAAAAUGGACUCCCGAUGCCCGAAAAGGGGCGGAAGAGAAGGAGGACAUCUGACGCUGCGCUGCCCGACCCUGCUAGACCCGAUCAAGAGUCGCCUGCACGAAGGGUGCGCAAGUCCCAGCCAUAUGUCCCGAAGUUGAGGUCUGGCGCAUAUGCACUCAUCCUAGCCUUGGGCACUCUGGACCGGGAAACAAAUCAAGCAAUCCCCAAGAACGACCUGAUGGCAUUGGCACAGCCACACUGCGACUCUUCUUUCUACGCCCCAAGUGACCCAACCAAGUUCCACACUGCAUGGAAGUCUAUGCAGACCCUAGAGAACAAGGAGCUGGUAUGUACAAAGGGCCAUCCCACCAAGAAAUACUAUCUGUCCGAUGAAGGAUGGGAGGUCGCUGUUCGCAUGAAGGCCACCAUAGAAGGACGUCCUCUGCAACCGCCUAGUCCAAAGGGUAAAAAGAGAGCAGCUCCUCGUGAGCGUAGUCCGUCAAGAGAUGUCUCUUUGGAACCUGCCACUAGCCGGCCGGCUUCUAUUCGUCAGCCUCAAGCAAGCCAAAGAACGGCGUCAGAGAGCCUACGUAUUGUCGACUUAUUGUCUGAUGACGAGCAGAAUGGGCGGGGUUCAGAGCCAGAGCUGUUGGACCCAGUCUCCAGAAGGAGUCGUACUGAAGUCCAGCCCGUGAGUGCUCAUGUAUCUUCCGAAGACACUAUUUUCUUGCCCUCAGGCAGUUUCGAGGUGAAAAUGGUACUGGAUAUGAGAGAGGUCCGCACCACCACCGACCGAGAUUACAUCUCUGCCGAGUUGAAGAAACUAGGAGUCGUCCCUGUCAUCCGGUCGCUGCCUCUGGGAGACGUUCUAUGGGUCGCACACGUCAACUCCGGGUAUGUGGAAACUCUCAAGGCAGCCAAUGUGGGAGAUGACGAAGAAGGUAAUGUUGAGAUUGUCUUGGAGCACAUUCUCGAACGCAAACGACUCGACGACUUGAUUGGCAGUAUCAAAGAUGGACGCUUUCACGAGCAGAAGUUCCGUCUGCACAAGUCAGGCAUCAAGAACGUCACCUAUCUGGUGGAAGAGUACUCGCUUUCAGCAGAACGCAGUGACAAAUAUGGAGAGGCCCUCGAGAGCGCCAUCGCUAGCAUGCAGGUCGUCAAUACCUUCUUCGUCAAGCAGACAUCCAAGUUGGAUGACACCAUUCGAUAUCUGGCUCGAAUGACCAACACACUAAAGUCAUUGUACGAGAAACAAGAUAUUCAUGUCAUACCGUCGCGGAAGUUCGAAGAUGAGGCUGUCGCUCUGACGCUGGACCGGUUGAGACGAACAGCACCUGGAAAAACAUAUGGCAUGACGUUCUCAGCGUUCGGCGCCAUGUGCGACAAGUCAGAGAGCAUGACUCUCCGAGACGUAUAUCUCAAGAUGCUCAUGUGCACCCGAGGAGUGACGGGCGACAAAGCCAUUGAAAUCCAGAAGAUCUGGCCGACUCCACGCGCCCUGGCCGAAGCAUUUGAGGCACGGCAAAAUGGCCCAGAAAAGGACAACAUGAUUAGCGACCGUCUAGGAAACACAAUCCCGCGUAAGAAGGUCGCCAAGGCACUCAGCGCAAAGAUUGCAGAGAUAUGGGGUUGA